UUGAGCGGGGAUGGAGGUGAUGGGAGGUAGAGCUUGAGAUCCGCGGAUCGACAGACUGAAGGAAUGCGCGCCGGACUUUCACACGUUCUCAGGUUCACAGAAUGAAAUAAACCCAUCUUCAGCAGUCACCAUCAUGGUUUCCUUGCUGGUCGCCAUCGACAAAACGUCGGCGCCGAGCAACGUGACUCCGCUUUGCUUCUCCAUCAACAGCCCGCCUUUCAGACACAACCACACCAUCGCCUCGGCGUACUUCUCGGCGGUCUUCAGCGGCCUCGGCUUGAGCUCCAACCUCUUCGCUUUGGUGGUUCUGGCCAAGACCUUCCACCACACCAAGAGCCGCUCGCGCUCCUCCUUCCUGCUCUUCCUCGGAGGGUUGGUGUUCACCGACUUCAUGGGACUGUUGGUCACCGGGUCCAUCGUGGUGUCCUUCCACAUUACGCACUUCAACUGGCGCCAACUGGACCCUCAUUGCCACUUCUGCAACUUCAUGGGCAUGUCGAUGGUCUUCUACGGCCUUUGCCCGCUGCUUCUCGGCGCCACGAUGGCCGUGGAGCGAUUCGUAGGCAUCAACCGACCCUUCGCCCGCUCCACCGCCAUGUCCAACAGCAGAGCGUGUUCGACGGUGGCCAUGGUUUGGGUCACGGCCGGCUGCAUCAGUCUCCUACCGUUGGCCGGAUUGGGAAGCUACCAUCUCCAGAUCCCCGGUUCCUGGUGCUUCCUCAACAUCAGCUCCAGACCGCUGGAUAUGACCUUCAGUUUGAUCUUCUCGCUCGUGGGUUUGCUGUCGCUGGCCAUGUCGUUCCUGCUCAACACAGUGAGCGUCGUCACCCUACUGAGGGUGUGCUGCGGACAGGGCAGCGCUCAACGGAGACGAGACUACGAAGUGGAGAUGAUGGUGCAGCUGAUUCUGAUCAUGACUAUCGCCUCUGUCUGCUGGUGCCCUCUACUGGUGUUUAUUGCGCAGACUGUGCUGUCGGGCAGCGAGCUCGACGUUCGCCACCUGCUUCUCUGGCUUCGGUUUGCGACGGGGAACCAGGUCCUGGAUCCCUGGGUCUACAUCCUAUUCCGACGUGCCAUACUGAAGCGCAUGGCUCCCAAGAUGGACUGGUCCCGUGGCUCCAUCGUCAGCCUCUAUCCGACCAUCUCGACGUCCUUCCGCAAGCUCACACGCGCCUCUCUCGGAGGAACGAUUGAACGUUUGGAUCAUAUUCGGCUGAAUCCAGACAAAGCCAGAAAAGAGGAUAUGCCUCUACAUGUGUUGGACGCCACUGUGGCAUCUAGUUCCAUUUAGCAGCCAAGACUAGCAUUUACUUUGUACUUCAUUAAUGAUUCGAUGUCUAACGUGGCGCCCAAUGUAGGGCGUGACCCACCUUUUGAACACUUUUGUUGGUGCAUUGCUUUUCGGAGAGUUGCUGACGGCCGGCCUGGCCAAGAAAGUCUAGUCGGACACGCUCACGAAGCGUAUAUUUGAGCUCUCAAGACGUGGCGAACUCACGUGAACUUGGAGAGCGAACCUGUUGAGGAAAACGUACUGUAGGAACUUGAAUGGGAAAGUGGGCGAGGCUCGGUUUUUCCAGUUGGCCGGUGAUUGGAUAAGGAAAAGUGAUGGGUGGUUGGAGGAGAGGGGUUGGAAAAUAAGUGUGUUUGGUGAUGUCGUUUUGGGGGUGGAGCCUUUGCACAAUAGUACACCCAUUAUAGUUUAUUUCGCUCACUUUUUCAUCAGUUCCUGGAGUUUUUCACAUACAUUUACCAUUCAAAUCUUCGUUAAAGAGUUUAACCAAUCCAUGAACCAAAGCAAUCAGCUACGAGGUGGAUCACAACAUUGCAAACUCUGAUUUAAAGCAAAAAAAGUAUUUAAAAAUAGGACAAAAAGGCAAUAAUGUGAACUUAAUGGCUUUAAUAAAAAAACUUGCAGUAGAAACUUGAAGGCUUGAGUGGGAAAGUGGGUGGGGCUUGAAUUUUGCCAGUGAAAAGUGACAUUUGGUUGGAGGGGGAGGGGUUGAAAAAUAAGUGUUUGAUGAUGUCAUUUUGGGGGCGGAGCCUUUGCACAAUACUGUCUGCCCACUUUUUCAGCAGUUCCUCAAGUUUUUUCCAAUUCAUUUCCCAUUCAAGUCUUCGUUAAAUAGAUAACCCCAACCAUGAACCAAACCAGCCAACAACAAGGAAAUGAUGUCAUUUUGGAGGUGGAGCCUUUGCACAAUAGCUCCCGCCCACUUUCAGCGGUUCCUGGAGUGUUGUUUCCAGAGGGAUUUUUAAAAGAGUUAAAAGCAAUGAACCAAACCAACCAACUAGGAGGUAAAUCACAAAAUUAUCUCUCAUUUAAAGCAAAAAUGUAUUUAAAAAUCUGAUAAAAAGACAAGACUGUAUACUCAAAGGCUACAAUGAAAACAUACAGUAGAAAAGUGCAGACUGGGCUCGAUUUGGGACGACUGGGCAGUUUUGGCUCGCUUCCCAGACAAACACCCUCCUUUUCCUUUCUGAUAAAAGACUUUGAGGACCACACACUUGGAUAAAAUGGCAGGCAACUUUCACCACAAAAGCGAUUCUGGUUUAUUUCUGCUGUUGUCAUGGAACAUUUUUGUCUUUUGAGGAAUUAAACAAGUAUUAUUACCAGCACAAAUUUGGCUAUUCUUGUGUGAGGCGACACAAGGUUAGCAUCAAAUGCUGUCAGAGUGAAUAAUCUGUUUUGAUCUCCGUUUUGAUAUCGCAUGUAAACCCGAGCAUUGCUGCAUAAAAAUCAUUGUUCAA